AUAUAUAUAUAUAUAUUUAAAAAGGAUUUAAGAAUAAAUUAAGUUUGGUACAAUUGGCGAAUGGAAAGGAUUACGCAGAUAUGGCUUGAUCGGCAUCAUUUUUUUUGCGAAGUAGUUUGGACAAAAAUAGAUCAUCUUAAUUUGCCACGAAUAUAAUCUUGUUUAUUGCAAAUUAGACUCGAUUUCUCUAUAAUGGAAUACGACUCUUCAGAGGAAUUAUGGUUUCAAAUCAAAAUUAUUUACAGGAUCCAUAAAUAAUUCGAGAAUUUGUGUUUAUUCAGGUAUUGAUAUAUAAAUUCCAUAGCUUGGAGGAGACGUGGAUAAGUUCAAUUGACGUACAGAAAUGUUGCUGAUAACAAAACUCAAUUAGGAGAUAUUUUUCAACGACUGUUCAUUGAUCCAUCCUGGUCUAAUACAUAAGAAGAUAACAGUGGUCUGGGAUCAUAAUAUUCGCAGGGGGGAGAACCAACGUACAACAGACGUAACUAUGUGUCUCUGAUACGAAAUAUAUUGAAAUUGGAGUUAUUUGUUGUCAUGAAACAACGUACUGUUAAGCGUCCAGAUUGUCUUUCCUGUUGACAAGCGCUUCAGUUUUAUCGGAGACAGCUGCAGUGUGUCCACGAGAGUCUAAUUUACUCUCACAACUCAAUCAUCCCUUUGAGUAGGGCUGAUUCCUAAUUAAGUAUACGCUUAAUGAUCACUGUCAUAUUUAUAAAUAUAUUAUAUAUGUAUGUGAAUAAUAUAUAUCUAUUCAUAAUAAUUCUGGCUGAUUUGACAGUUGACCAUGGUAUUGUUAUUCAUAAUGUGAUGAGACAAAUAGGCCCCUACGUUCGCCAUGUGAUAUGAUUUCAGUGGUUUUGAGAUGGGCGAGGAUUAUUCAUUUUGCUUUUAUUUAUGAUUGCGUUGAAAAAAAUAAAAAUGCAGGUUCCUGAGUACCCUCCAGAGAUGGAAGAUGAGUUUCGCAGGUCGUUAUGGACGGAUUCUGAUUCGGACGCCGCCGCCAUGCCUGCCUACUACCGGGUGGACUCGAGCAGUGACCGGAUCCCCUUGCACAUAGUGCGCAAGGAGACGCCACUGUCACCGUCCGAGAAACAGUACCUUCUUGCGGUGGAGCGAGGAGAUUUCGGCAGCGUCAGACAGUUUCUCGAGGAGGCUGAGAUUUACUUCAAUAUCAAUAUAAAUUGUGUCGACCCUUUAGGACGGACAGCUCUUAUGAUCGCAAUACAAAAUGAAAACAUAGAAGUUACUGAAUUAUUACUGCGACAUAAUAUUCAUGUUGGGGAUGCCUUAUUGCACGCAAUUGACGAGGAGGUGGUUGAGGCUGUGGAACUUAUUUUAAAGCAGAAACCGCUAUCUAAGAAGGAUAUUAGGGUGCGCAUGCUCCAGACAGAAGGGCUCGAAUCAGAUUUUACUGCCGACAUAAGUCCUGUUAUGCUGGCUGCCCAUCGAAAUAACUAUGAAAUCUUAAAGCUACUUUUAGAGAGGGGUGCUACAAUACCUAAGCCACACGACGUGAAAUGCGGGUGUGAUGACUGUAUAUCCAGUAUCAAACACGACGGUCUCCGUCAUUCUCGCUCACGUCUAAACAUUUAUAAAGCUUUGGCCAGUCCAUCGCUUAUAGCCCUUUCUAGUGAGGAUCCAAUAUUGACAGCAUUUGAACUGAGUGGCGAAUUGAGACGCCUUAGCAAGCUUGAAAACGAAUUUAAAGAGGAUUAUGAGGUAUUAGUGGAACAGUGCAAAGAGUUUGCGACAUUAUUAUUAGACCAAACUAGAGGGUCUCAAGAACUGGCUAUCAUUUUAAAUCGAGAUGCCGACUCACCAACGGGUGUGGAACCUUUAAGUCGGUUAAAACUCGCCAUCAAAUAUAAACAAAAAGCGUUUACGGCUCAUCCAAGUUGCCAGCAAUUACUAGCCGAGGUGUGGUACAGAGGGUUGCCUGGGUGGAGACGUCAACAUUGGGCACUUAAAAUAAUGAUUAGUUGUUUUAUCGGACUCUCGUAUCCUAUGUUAUGUAUAAUGUACCUUUUAUUUCCGUGUCACAAGAUAGGACAGCUUCUUCGUCUUCCAUUCUUGAAGUUCCUCUGUCAUAGCUCAGCGUAUCUUCUUUUUCUCGUCUUGCUGAUCCUUGCUUCUCUUGAUGUUGGUGGGGCGUAUGCAGAGAAAAGAACGAACACUAGAGGGCCUGCUCCAACAGACGUGGAAGUUAUGAUUUUGGUGUGGAUUUUUGGUUACAUUUGGGCUGAAGUUAAGGAAUUAUGGAAUAACGGUCUAAUUGAAUAUAUGGGCGAUUGGUGGAAUAUACUCGACUUCAUGACUAAUUCAUUAUAUAUGGGAGUUAUUGGAUUACGUGUCACCGCUUACUGUUUGAAAACGUUCAAGGCAGACUUAUAUCCAUCCAAAUGCGAAAGGGAAUUUUGGUCUGCCUGGGACCCCACGUUGAUAUCAGAAGCCAUGUUUGCGGUAGCGAAUAUAUUAAGUAUGUUACGUUUAGUUUAUUUCUUCACGGCAAAUUCACAUCUGGGACCGCUUCAAAUAUCACUAGGAAGGAUGGUUGAGGACAUUCUCAAAUUUAUGUGUUUGAUAGUUUUGGCACUAUUUUCGUUCUCGGCUGGAUUGAAUCAACUUUACCUGUACUAUAAAACAGACGGCGUGGAGGGCUGUUUCGGUAUUAUGUGUGAGAAUCAAAACAAUGCAUUUACACAGCUCUUCCAAGCUUUACAGGCUCUAGUAUGGGCAGUGUUUGGUUUAGUUAGUUUGGAAGUGCUCAAAGUAGAACCAGAACAUUACGUCACUGAAUUCGUUGGGGCGUGGAUGCUGGGUGUUUACUGCAUCACCACAAUCAUCGUGUUAGUCAACUUACUCAUUGCUAUGAUGAACACGUCUUUUCAACACAUUGUGGAGAAAACUGAUGAAAACUGGAAAUUUGCAAGAUCUAGAACAUGGAUCAGCUAUUUUGAUGAAAGCGGAAGCCUGCCCCCACCGUUCAAUAUCAUCCCAAGUCCUAAAACUAUUUAUUAUAUACUUCGAUGGCUCAAGCGUAAAGCUUGUAGUCUCACUGUUAAACGUAACUCAGAAAAAGAUAUAAGGAAAAAUGUACUAAAGAGGAGGGAGAAUGACGAAAACUAUCAGAAAGUUGUGCGGAAUCUAGUCAAACGAUAUUUGAAAUUCAUGAAACGAGGCCAACAGCAGACUGGUGUUAGUGAGGACGAUUUGAAUGAGAUAAAGGUGGACAUUUCAGCCUUCCGUUACGAAAUGCUUGAAAUUUUAAAAAGCAAAGGUUUCAGCACACCUCAGGAUUCCAAAAGCUUGCACACCCCACUUUCUGGGCCUAAAGGCGGUAAGAAUCCAACAAGCAGCUCCUGGUCGUCGUCAGUAUCUAUGGUCUCAUCGGUGGAUAGUAUCCCGGACUAUCUUCUUGGAUCUGGACACAGACCCAAGAAGACAAAGCGAAGUCCACAGCAUAGAGACAGCCUCCAUAAACCCUUAAAGACGGACCCCAUUCAAGACGAGGAUUACGCCUUGCCAGAUUUUUUAAAGGUUAAAAACGUUAAGAAUGUUAUAGGAGCAGUUAAUGAGUUAAGAAAAGCCACUUCCAUGAGGAGGAGAAUGAGUGAAGCUGCAAUGAAAUCGAAAUCAAUGGCUGUUGAUCGAAUAGAAGAAGAGGAAACAGAGAUAACAACACCGCCAACACCACCGCCACAGACAACAGCAUCAACGGUAACUCCUCCAGUGCCAAAUCCGAAACCCCACCAGCAUGCGCGACGGAAAAACGGGUCAAAUGUAGCACCAGUACCCGUCAAACCACCGACACCUCCACCGAAACCUACCCUCACCGCUAAACAUGCCGAGCCCGUAAAUGGACAGGUAGACGAUAGAGAGACUAAAGCUGAUGUAAUUCAGUUAGAAGACAUAUCUUCUGCAUCCUGGAAGCGGGAAAAAACGUUUGCCAACCGGAACGAUAUCUCCUUAGACACGGAUGACUUACCCGAACAACCGAGCCUAAAUCCGUCCCCAGAGGCAGGAGGUGAGUCUCAGAGUACAUCUGGAUUUGGUUCCCAUAACAACAGUUUUCAGUCCCAGGAUUCUGUUGAGGACGAGGACCAGGAAAACAAGUUAAUGGAUUCAGAAUUCAAUGACAAUGAGCUAAAUACAAGAAAACAUAAGGGAGCGUAUCCUCUAUUAGAUAUUCCGAAAGACGAACUAGGAUUACCUAAGGUUAAAUGGCCCCCAACGCGCUCGUCGUUUCUGUGGGGUAACUCCACAAAAACCCAAAAUGACGACGAGCAGGUUACACGAUUUUUCAGUUCCGAGGAAACCCGAGACAAGAUCGAAGUUACGUCAUUCUCUUCCUUGACACCCGUCGUACUGACUUCCCGAACCGAAGACACCCGUAAGUGGGUGGAGGGUGAAAGACAAUGUUUCCUUCUUAAUCAACUAACACUCCAAAUAACACACGCCAUCACAGUUUCAAAAUAACUUAGAUUUGUGACUGAAACAUCUUCGGAAUUUCACAAUUGGUCAGAAGAGCGCAUGCGUGCCGAGCAAACAUUGCAUGUCGUAGGACCAAUGCGAAGUACACGUGCAACGAAGUGCCUUUAUAAAUAAAUUAAUUUGAAACUUUUUCAGAAACGAAAUCUAGGUCAGAAGAAGCUGUGAUAAUAUAUAUUAGCUUGAAUCAUUCAUUAGACAAACUUGUGAUAUAUAUCUUCUUUUUUAGAUGCUCUUUUGGGUUUCUGUAUUAUGGAGAGAAUGCAAUGACUAAUAACUCAGUGUUAUGUAAUUCCAUAAACCUUGAUUUCGUCAUCUGUGUUUACCGCAAUGUUCUCUGAAUAAAUGAUUUUGCAAACAUCUUGGCUUUUCAAUGAAGGUAUUAAAUCUAUUAAUGAUUAAUAAUGUUUUAUUAUUAAAUCCAUGAUCUAAUAAGUCAUUAGAGAAACCUAUACAAAACUGAGGUUAUUAUAUUACGAACGGUAGGUUACGAAUGUGAUACACACACCCACAAUGCACUGCGGCAAACACUCAUGACGUAAUUAGCUAUGGAUAUUGUGAUAUAUUUGGAAAAUUAAUAAUGAAAAAUCUGCAAUGUUUUUUGGAUAGCAUCUCCAAAACAAAAACAAAAACAAAAACAAAAACAAAAAAUAAAAUAUACAUUAUUUCAUAAUAUUUUGUUCAAAAAGUUCAUAUUUAACAUUGAUUAUUGCAUUAAUUUAAUUUAUAUAGCUUUAAUUUUAGAAUUGCUUUGUAUCAGUGCUUCAAACUAACUGCUAUUAAUAACGACCAGCAAAAAAUUUAAACAUAAAAGACAUGUUUUUUUUUUUUUUUUAUUAUUUCUUAUUUCACUGUAAUUGGUACAGUAAUACUCAUUUCGCUCAAUAUGUUCCAAACUCAACACAAUAUGCUAUAUUUUUUAAUUUGUUUUUUGGCAACAGUGGUUUUUAAUAACGAUGGCUAAACUGUAAAAAGAAACAAAUGUAAUUCACUUCAUCUUGACUUCCAAAAAUGGCUUAUGUUCUGUAACCUAAAAUUUAUAUAAUUAUUUAUCAUUCUAUACUGGCGCUGUGUACCUUUUCAAUUUAAAUUCAAAUUCAAAUGAGAUUAAUUUCCAAUUUUGUAAACAAAAUUGAUCUUUACCUAUAUGGAUCUAGGUUGGACUCAUUUUGGGAUUCAAUGGUGGUUAGAUAACCGCACAUGCGCACUGGUUUUCCUGAUGUAUUAGCGACAUAAACUCUUCUAUACACUCUCUGGCAAUCAAACACUUUCUAUGUUUAAGUUUGGAAACAUUGUCUAACCAAAACUUUGGUGAAUUGUCCCAAUUAGAUUAUACCAUCAUAUCCUCAAUUACUUUCAGAGUGCUAUGUUUCGCUUCACAUUUCGCAUGGGAAACUAUAUUACUAACAUCCGUACUUUGCAUAGAUUCGUACUGUGAACGAGAAAAUGAUGACAAUAUAAACCACGUGUCGUCCUGUUUAGUUUAAAUUAUCAUACAGCUACUGCAUAUGACUAUCAUUAUAUAGGCCUACCCUCGAAUCAGGCUGGUUCAAAAGUUCACCAGUUUGAUACCUAGGCAUACGUUUAUAAAUACUAAAAAUGAUAUGAAUUCUAUGACAUUUUUCAAAGAUUAAAACACCAUUCUGGCAACAAUAAAAUUAAUCUAUGUUCGUAUUAAACGUUACUGUACAUUGUACAGAUCAUAGACCCUGCACAGAUUAAAUACAAUGUUGGUUGCCAUGAUACUUAUAGAAUUACGAAAAAUCUAGUAGCCGUCAUAUUUCGUCAACAGUACGUUAUCAUUUUUAUAUAUCCAUUGACUUGUUUCAUACGCUUUGAGAAAUUAUAGUUUGCUUAUAUUUGUUUUUAAUUGCAUACUUAAGUUUAGGGUACCGUUAUUUUCUGGACUGAUUAUUUGCUCAGGCUGUUCUAGCUACCUCGACAUGUACAGUAUAUUUUUUAGUUGUAAUACAAUAAUAAGUUGCAUGUAUUUAGUUCGCCUUAAUUCGUGAAUGCCGGGUUUUCCCUUGCAACUUUGAAGUUGGAGUGGAAUUAGAAUAACAUCUAAUAAUUAUUCUAUUUAUAUACCUUCUACCGUAACCAAACCGCCUGUUUAUUUACCGUACCUAUCCCUACAUAAAAAAAAUGUGUAUGUGGUUUAUUGUAGUUUAGAAUAAUAGCAUUUAUAGUUGAUCCAAGUUUUUUUUUAUUUUUUUUUUUUUUAUAGUUUUUAUACCACUCCUUAUUUCACUCGUGUUUUUAAAUUCUAGUAUUGGUAUUUAGUCUCAUAUCUAUUUUACUAUUCUUGGAACCCACGAGAAACAUAUAGGCCUAUUAUAUUUAAACUAAUGUAUAUAUACUUGAGUAUAUGAACCUACUAAGUAAUAUAUAUAGGCCUAUAUAAUAUAAAGUAAGGUUGCCGUUAAUACUGUUAAAUGAAAUGAUAUAUAAAUAAUCAAAGAAAGGUAUAAAUACAGUGUUUGAAUAAGGACAUAAUAGUACAUCGUGUAGCAUAGCUCUCAACGAAUGUUGAGAGCUAUGCUACGGAACAUUCGUUGACAGCUAUGUUACACAAUGUACGAUGUACUAUUAUGUCCUUUAUUCAACACUGUAUUUACCUUUCUUUGAUGAUUCGUAUAUAUAUAUAUAUAUAUAUAUAUAUAUAUAUAUAUAUAUAUAUAUUCAUUUGUACUCUCUUCUUCUAUUUAGAUCAGUAAUUGUUUCAUGUGUUUUAAUUUGAGUUUGUUUACAAUGUAUACCUUGAGGUCAAGAUAUGUCAGGCUUACGGAAUUUUCAGUCUUGCAUUGUAUUUAUGUUUAUGUUUUGAUUUUAUAUCCAAUACCAGGUACCAAUAGGCCUACACAGGCGACGUGAUACGGUAUGCAUCGGAUGUUAUCUAUGUAAAGUGUAAUAUCUCUGAAGGGUUUAGCCAGAAAACAGUGAAUUGGUUUAGCCAACGCUUUAGUUAUGAUAGGCCUGUAGUCUAUCAAACGUGUAACUAUAAUCUUAUAUAUUAACUUAUUUAACCUAAUACACAUAAAGGUGUAUGUACAUUAAACCUCUCAGGAAUACAACGUUAUGGCACUGUGUGUUAGUUUUAAUGAUAGAGUCGUGUAAUAUAUGAACCCAUUUUACAAUAUAUAAUUUUAUACAUUUAUUAUAUUUGAUCAAUACUUAUUGAAAUGCUACAGAUUAAUAUAACGGUUGGAUUAUUUUUAUUUACAUGUGCAAUGCAUAAUUUUUAGAAUAGAUAGAAGUGGAUCCAAUUACUAUAAUUGUUUAGUAUAGGCCUAGUAAAAGUGACUUCAUCCUUUUUGGUAGAUUCUAACUACCAUGACUUUAGCAGAGGGAAGUGUGGCUUCUUAUGGUGACGUCAUGCAUAAUAGCAAAAUACUAGCUUACAACAAACUAUUUCCUCCAUGUGCAAACAACGUGAACAGAAUUAGGUACAAGAUAGUUUAAUACAUAAUUCAAGUAUCGAAACGCACGCCAUCGUGUCGGGAUUCAAUAUUUUGACAUUAAUUACGUCAUCAGAAAUGAAAAAAAUAUCCAUAUUUGCAAGCUUAUAUGCACAAAUACCAAAAGUGUGAUUUAAUUAAUAAUUUCAGGUAGACAUUUUAAAUAUGCAUGAAGUCACCAUAUAAGCCACACCCCCUUAGUUGAAAUCGUGGUAUUUAGUAAAUACCAUGAUUUUAUAUCAUCUUUAAUUAAGACUAGUGGAGGUAUAUCUCCAUACCAAUUUGCUUUCAUGUGACUUACUAUUAUACAUUGCGUAAUGGAAAAAUUCAAAGGUGUAUACCACUUGGCCUCAUAGCUCAGUUGGUAGAGUAUCCAACGGUAAUCGGAAGGACUUGGGUUCGAAUCCCGAUGGGGACAUACGUUAUCCUCAAAAUAGUUAUCUUAAUGAAAACUUAAAUUUCAUAACAUCAGAUACAAGAUAUGCUAGCCAUUUUCUUCAUUAUGGCCUGAUGACCUAGAGGGCGCCAGCAUAAACUGGUUUUACCUUCAGCCGAUAAAAAGGGUAAACUUAGCAUACAGUGUGGCGUUGUGGUCAUUGGACAAACCUAUUGAUACAUUUUUCGAAGAGUGAUUUUAAGUCGAGGUACUUGGUGCCCUGCAACCUGUCUACUUUUCAGAAUUUUCCCAAAAUUUGAUCAAAGCGAACUGUGUAUCGAAAUAGCUUUUUAAAAACUUCAGUGGAGCUGAAUUUUGUGGAAAUUAGGCCUAAUUAUAAUUAUGAAUAUACAAAGCAAUCAGGAGAUACUUAUUAACCCUGAUAAAUAGUUAGGGUUAAUAUUUACCGGAAAUCAAAUCGGAAUUCAAUGAAUUUGUUAUAUUAUGUAGAACCACGAUCAUAUUGCAUGUACCUUCAACAUUUUGUGCGUACAAUGGAAGGCUCUCUUGUAUGUCUAGCGCCCUUAUAGUAUAUAUUGGGAUUUUGUAGAAUGGAUUACGCUUGCUACUAAAAACAUCGAAACUGGUUUUGGAAUGCAAGUUUAUUUGUUGCUGUUGUUGUUUUUUUUUUCAUUUUAAUUGUUUUUUAUAUAAAAUUUUGUUUAGAUAUGUGCCUUAGAAAUUAUUUUAAAUUCAUCCCUCCUCGGUUUAAAAAUAAAAUUAGAAGUAGAACAGGUAAGCUAUCACCAAUUACGUAAUAUUAUUACUUCAAUUCGUUGUUUCAUUUACUUCCUUUUCAAGUAAAUGUUCCUUUUUUGUUUGUUUUAUUAAUUAAUGAAAAAUGAAAAAAAAAAUCACAAUUUACGAUUCUGUAUAAAUUAAGGCAUAAAUUAAUGGACGGCGUCUAAAAUGUUUUAAAACAAUCACAUAUGGACCCUGUUGUAACAAAACACAACUAUCUAUCAACAUGACAUCAGAAGAAUUGCCAACUGGUUGUAAAUUAGGCCUUCAAUAAAUGGACACAAUUGAAUUACUGUCUUCUCGAGAACGGGAGGGAGCUACAGAGGCGAGAGACAGAGAGAGAUGUUAUAUAAAUUUGGAUAUAUUUUUAGACGAAAAUAUGUAGGGGUUUUUUUUUAGUGGCUUGAGAUUUUUUUAUAUUUUUAUCAGAUGAAAAUGUAAAUAAACAGCAGAAACAAUGUCAGUUUUUGGUUUAGAGCUAAAUGUAUAAUAUUGUAACUAAAAUUAUAUAAUGGCUCCGAGCGGGGCUCCUAGUUAGGAACGUUGUCGAAUAAGAAGAUAGUGAGCUUUCGAUUGCACGACGACGGUAGGACGUAGAACGUAAUGAUGUCACUAAAAGUCAUCUGCGCAUGCGAAAACGUUAAGUUCUCCUCGUCGCGUGGAUUCUAGGACGCAAUUUCGCCACAUCUACGUAUACAGAGAACUCAUGAGUGAUUCCGUUCUAGCGUCGCGUCGUCGCGCAAAUCGAAAGCUUUCUACUGUAUAACUCUGUCCACUGGCAUUGCUAUCAUUUAUGAUGCAUGUGUAAAAUAAAUAUGUGUGAACACUUUACAGAACAAGAAAUUCAUUGUUGACAAUGCCGCGUUGCCAUUGACUUUGAUUAGUCUGAUUGAAUUAGCAAGAUGAACAGUAACGUAAGUGUACGGUAACUGUUUGACAGACAAUAAGAUGUCUACUUACAACUGAUAUUCACAAAAGUAGAUCUAAUGACAAUACACAAAUCCAAUUAGGAAAGCUAAAGGCGCUCUUUAUCAGUACCGCCAUCGCUGGGGGCCUUCUCGGGUUCUUCGCGUCGUACAUGGCGUAAAUUUCAUGGUGCAAAGUAUUUAGAGUAGGCCAGCAUUACGAUAACACAAUACUGUACGUAAUACAACUUCAAAAUUACAUUUGUAUAAGAUGGUUUGUAUGUCCCCACUGGAUGCCCCCAGCUGUGGCGUCUGAGCAGAGGGUGAAUAUUCGCUUUAAAUGGAUCGGUAUAUAAAUGUCUGGACGCACACAGUAAUUACUAUACGUAGCAUAUGUAUAUGUACAGCCUAAUGGUAGUCUAUUAUAGUUGGCAUGCAAUUUCUAUUCAUAUUAUACCUCAGAGGGUUGUUUAUAUACAGUAACCAUAAACAUUGUCAUGCACACGUUGAACUACAAGAUGGUUUUUAUACUGACUGUAUCCUUAGCAGUAGUUCUGGGUGCUAACAUGAGUGCGAACUGCACACGGUAUACACCGUUUGAUUGGGCGUAUUUUGAAAUAGCGCCACCAACGCCUGAAAACUUGCAACUUUUUACUGGGGACAUCCAGUAUGCCAAAUAAAAACCGAAAGACUGCAGGUUUUAUGCGCCCCAAUUUUAUUUAUAUAUAUAUUUUUUCGUUUUGGCAUAAAGUUUUCAAAGACUAGGCUAUAACAAGAAAGAAAGCCUUAUACCGCCCACAAAUAAGCAAAAUGCUCACCCCAGUGGUUGCCAGGUUUUCGAAAAUUUUCAUUUGACGAAAAUGGUAUAUAUCGUUUACAGGUAAAUUCAUUGUUUGCAAUUCUAUGCAUUUUGUUCUUUAGAUAUUGAUAUUCUCUACUUUAGAUAUUGAUAUUCUCUAUUAUCAUUUUACCGUUCUAUUAAGAUUACAGUAUAUCGGUACACGUUUUAUUGAACCUUUUGUAGGUUGUUAAAACUCAUUCAAUAUUCUGUUUCUGUAUUAUUUUGGGCCAAAAGCGAAGAUUAUAACAGUUUCUAGCAUUAAAACUUUUUUUUUUUUAAAUCAGAUUCUCUAUACAAUAAAAAGAUCACAGAAUUAAGGUUUUAUAAAUUUUAAGAAUAUAAGAUUAGAAUUCGUAACUCAUUUAUUACUAAUAAUAGUUUACAUUUGCAAUAUAAUUUUCCUUUUAUAAUAGUUGUAAUGUAACAUUAUAAUUUGUGACGUAAUGUUCAUUGCAAUACAAAUACCGACGAAUUGAGGCAUUAUUUUAUUUAAUUUUUUUUAAUUUAUUUUGUUUUAAGAAAUUGAAUUAGGCCUACAACAGACGUUAAAUCGUAGGCCUCGUAGAGGAAUGUAACAUAAUAAUACUAUCAUGUCUUAAAUUUAUGAAAUGUAUUCUGGUCUCCAAAGUUAUAUAAAAUAAAGGUUAUACAGUGUAUGAA